AUGACCCACGCCGCCUCUGCCGACGACCUCCGCGUCUCGGCACUCUAUGACUUCUCCGAUCAUGUCGCCCUCGUAACAGGCGGCGCUACGGGCCUAGGUGAAAUGGCCGCGCAAGCAUUCGUCCAAAACGGUGCCACCGUCUUCAUCGCUUCGCGUAAAGAGAAAGAGCUCAAAGCCACCACCGACCGUCUCAACGCCCUCGGGCCCGGAAAAUGCUCAUACAUCAUCGGUGACCUGAAGAACAAGGACGGUUGUGUGGCUGUCUGCAAUGAACUGAAGAAGCGCACGGAUAGGCUGACGGUGCUGGUCAACAACACCGGAGCAAGCUGGGGAGAUGAUUACUACAAUUAUCCGGAGCAUGCGUGGGACAAGCUCUAUGACUUGAAUGUGAAGAGUAUCUUCUACAUGACGGUAGAAUUGGAGCCGCUGUUGCGAAACGGUGCCAAUGCGGAUAGUCCUGGCCGUGUGAUCAAUGUUGCGAGUAUGGCGGGUAUUAUAACGGUGGAUGUUACAACGGGAGAGGGCGGUGGAUUGUCUAAGCCAGGCCACGGAACGUUUAGUUAUGGACCUGCGAAAGCAGCGGCCAUCCACCUCACCAAGAUGACCGCGUCGAAACUCGCACCAAAGAACAUCAUGGUCAAUGUUAUCUGCCCCGGCACCUUCCCCAGCCGUAUGACGAACUUCGGCCUCGAGAAUUAUGGCAAAGCUCUCGUUGCAGGACAACCUACGGGGCGCAUCGGCAAGCCGAGCGAUUUCGGUGGGUUGGUCCUGUUUCUCAGCUCGAAGGCAAGCGCACACAUGACUGGCAACGUAAUCGAACUUGACGGUGGGACAACGUUGAGUGGGUGUAGAGGCGCAUUCAGUGGUGAAACAAAGUUGUAA